AUCCGACGGCUACAGAUAAACUUCAGCCACCACUAUUAUUCUCCGCCGUCGAAACUUCCCUGCCUUUGUUUAUGAGCCUUUGCCCUUAGUUCAGGCACUUGCUUUGUUGGUUGAAUUCUAAGUUUCUUCUUUCUUUCUCUUUCAUUGCCUUCUGAUCUCAAAAUUUUUUCUCUUCCAUUGAUUUGCUUUGAUUAACAAUGACGACAAUGCCGGUGCCGCCAUGGCUAGAGUCACUGCUAAGCACAGCCUUUUUCACAGUUUGCAGAACACAUGGAGAUGUAGGUAGGGGUGAAUGUAACAUGUAUUGUUUAGACUGUAAAGGAGAAGCAUUUUGCUUCUAUUGCCGAUCUUUUAAACACAAAGAUCAUCAAGUGAUUCAGAUAAGGAGAUCUUCAUAUCAUGAUGUAGUGAGGGUUGCUGAGAUUCAGAAGGUGUUGGAUAUAAGUGGGGUUCAAACUUAUGUGAUAAACAGUGCCAGGGUUCUUUUUCUUAAUGAGAGGCCUCAACCGAAAUCUGGGAAAGGCGUUUCUCAUAUCUGUGAAAUCUGUGGAAGAAGCCUCUUGGACCCAUUUCGUUUUUGUUCUUUGGGAUGUAAGCUUGUAGGAGUAAGGAGAAAUGGGAAUGCAAGUUUUAGCUUAGAGGCAAAGAAUGAGGUGGUAAUGGAUAGAACAAGAAGAGAAGGGAUGCCAAAGGAGGAAGAAGAAUUGCGUGAAGGCUCACAACAAGGCAUUUAUCCGCCCACGCCUCCCCCACCUCCUUCAAAUGCAAGGAGAAGAAAAGGAAUCCCUCACCGUGCACCUUUUGGGUCAUAAAACCAACAACUACACUUUUAUAUUCAAAAUUUCACCCAUUUCUUUAUUUAUUACCCGCAAUGGAAAAAGAAUAAAAAAAGAGAAUUGUUUGGGGUCUUUAAAUUUGUCCAAUUGUUCUAACUUAAGGGUUUUCAGGGUAUCAUUAUUUGGUUAAGGGGCAGUCCAAAUAACCAAAAGGGGAGCAAGUAAAGUAAGUUUCGACUUUUGGAACUGGGGUCCCUUUUUUUUACAGCAAAUUCCUCUCAUAUGUUGUGGAAGAAAGGUCAAUAUUGCAGGAAUUGAGAAAUGUUAAUUAUUGCAUAGUUGGAAGGUGUACAUUGUAAUUAAGGAAUUAUAUAGAAAAGAAAAGCAAGGUCUUUGGGUGGA